AUGGCUAUCGGAUGUUGGUGUUGUUGCUCUCGUGAUAGUGUGGAUACCAUCGACACUUACCAUCAUCCACUAGUUGAUACAGUUAACCAGCAAACUACAACUGAUGUUAGGCAUGCCAACACAACAGUAGCUGGAAAAGCUAUUAAUAGCACAACAGGAAGACCAACACCCUCACUUCCACAGAACUCCACAUCUACCAGUUCAAGCAUUUCAUCAAAAGAAUCGAUUGGGAAUGCACCUACAAAAGCCAAAAGAAUAUCUGAAAUGAGCAAAGGAAAAGACAACAAAGCGCGUCCACUUCCCAUACCAAAGAACAUCAAACCCAUUAGUUGUAAAAACAACAAAAUGCUCAUUCGCCCACUUCCAAUCCCACCGAUUACAAAACUAAAUGCUCCUUCUACAAAUUAUACAAAGAAGGAAGGUCGAAGUUCCCUACCACCAACUCGACAACAUACCUCAACGAAGUAUGUAAGUAGUUCAAAGGAGGAAGAGAACAAAACGGAAAAUCGAUGUCUUCAAGAAAAGCAAAAUCCGAGCAUUCUUCCAAAAGGAGUUAGGAAGAAGGAAAAAAAAGACAGACAGUCCAAAGAGAAGGAAUCAUUGAGACGAGCUUCAACAAGAGAAAGACCACAUCAAAGUCGCCAAACCAGUACUGACAAUGUAAGAAGUACAGAAAUUACCAACAAUGCCACAAGAGUGGUGCUUCGCGGCUUUGAUGAAAAUGGUGUUGAGUGCACUAUUGUAAAUGAUGUUUAUAUUCCAAAGCUGGAUCUGUCAUGGUUGGAUGAGGAUGGUAAGCCAGUUCCAGUAAAACCAAAAGAGAAGAGACGGAUCAUUAAAAACCGUAUUUUACGUGCUAAGAGAAAACGGGUGAAGCAAAAGGCGUUAGAGAGAGAACGAAAUCAGCAGGGUACCAAAGUGGAAGAAAAUCCUUCAAUAGCUACAAGUGAAGUUGUGAAUAUAACACCAGUGAAAGAAACUUGCAACUCCACAUGGACCUUAUUAGAAGAUCCUCUAUCUUCAGCUAAUGAAACUCCCAAAAAUGAUGUUGAUGAACAAAGAAUGGGUAUGAGAGAUAAUCCAGAAAAAGACGACAAAUCCAAAGGAGCGAAAGAUGAGGGUGAAAGAUACACAGAAAAAGGGAGACGAUGGUCCAAAUAUGACAGAAAAAGAGAAGACAUCGACCCCUCGAAGCUCCAUUCUCUUCAAGCUAGUGUAGUCGACAGAUACUAUAAAGAUUUUCUAACCAAGUAUGAGGCAAAACAAAGAAAAAAGAAUAAAAAUCAGGAAUCGGCGGCAAGAAAUGUGGAUGAAGAAGCAGAAGGGCAGAGGAAGACUAGAAAUAAUACACAUGGAAUUUCAAAAGAAGAAGAUGAAAUGGGAUCAGGACAGCAAGACAGGAAAGAAAGAAGUGUAGUUGGAGAAGAAACGGAAGACAAUGGUGUAUUGGAAGUUGAAGUAAACUCUAACAGAAAGAGAAGGGAGAAUUAUGGUCAAAAUAACAAUGCUAUAAAAGGAUUCAACAAGGAAUAUCCUGACAAAAAAUUCAAUCAUGAAAAGGUUCAGCAUACAGAUUACUCUGUUUUCUUGGCUGAUUCAGCAAUUACCACAGUCCAAAAGAACACCGAGGCAAAGAGAGCAGCUGAGGAAAAAAUGGAAGCAGCAAUAAUGGAGACUGGAUCUAGUGAGGGCGUAAAUGCUUUAUGA